AUGUCGCAGCGCAAUCGUGCCUUGCUUCAUCAACAUUGCCAGGCAGUCAAACCCACGACCGGCGUGAUGGACAGCCAAGAGCUCGACGAAAUUCAUGCUUUUGCCGUGCAGCUGGGCAAGGAUGCCGGGCAGAUGCUCAUGCAGGCGGCCUGGCGGCGCGUCGACGGCGGAUCGGUCAAUGGGGCCAGCAGCUCCAACGAGUUUGACGAGAAGGAGAGCUCCGUAGACAUUGUCACCAAGACGGACCACGCGGUCGAGGCCUUCAUCCGCGACUCCAUCGCCGCCAAGUACCCCUCUCACAAGUUCAUCGGCGAAGAGACCUACUCGGCCGGCUCCUCGCGCGACUACCUCGUCGACGCCUCCCCCACCUGGAUCGUCGACCCCCUCGACGGCACCGUCAACUUCACCCACCUCUUCCCCAUGUUCUGCGUCUCCAUCGCCUUCGUGGUCGACCACGCCCCCGUCAUCGGCGUCAUCAACGCGCCCUUCCUCCACCAGCUCUUCAGCUCGUGCCGCGGCCGCGGCGCCUGGCUCAACGAGAAGCACCGCCUGCCCCUUGUGCGCGAUCCCGUCCCGCCCCUGCCCGACAACGCGCCGAGCGGGUGCAUCUUCUCCUGCGAGUGGGGCAAGGACCGGAGAGAGGGGCCCGAGGGGAACUUGAUGCGCAAGGUCGACUCGUUCGUCACCAUGGCGGCGGAGAGGGGGGCGCGAGAGGGCCGAGGCGGCAUGGUGCAUGGUGUGCGGAGCCUCGGCAGCGCAACCAUGGAUCUGGCCUACACGGCCAUGGGGUCGCUCGAUAUCUGGUGGGAAGGUGGAUGUUGGGAGUGGGACGUAGCGGCUGGAAUUGCCAUUCUCGAAGAGGCCGGCGGCCUGGUCACGACUGCCAACCCUCCCGACAACCCGAAUGGUGCUGAAGUCCCCAAGGCUCAGCUCGGGAGUCGCCUCUACUUGGCAAUUCGGCCUGCGGGUCCGUCUGACAGUGAGACCGCCUUGGAAGCGCAACAUCGUGUCAUUCGCCAAGUCUGGAAGAGAGUUCGGCCUCUGAGCUACAACCGACCAACCGCGCUACAAAAUUAG